UAAAGGUGUUUUGGAGGAGUUUAGUAAAUUUAAGGAUGUAGUAGCCGUUGCACCAAAAGAAAAAAAACAAAUUAAAUGUGGACGUUGGGCAGGAAGUCUGGGUAAAUUGUUACUGAAAUAUCACAUAAGAUCUUACGAGGAAGCGACUAAGACCGUUCUCAUGCCUCUUCUUGAACUUACCGAAAAUGAAUAUGCGCAAUUGUUAAUUGACUUUGCUGAAGAACUGGAUCAAAGUAAUACGAGCCUAGGAUGUUACCGUAUUGUUGUAAAUAAACGCGUGGAUGUGAAAUAG